GGCUCUCAUCGAUGCGCUUUGCCUCCGCUUUUGCGAUGCCAGCGCGCACUUAGCGGCGUGGACCGGAGGUUGGAGGUCAUGAGCGGUAUCAUCACCUACAGGUUUGAUUUCAGGAGAUGUUACUGCAGAAGCAACCGGCGUCUCUUGCUAUCAAUAAUUAAUCCGUCCCUGGAGCGGCGGGCAAGGGUGAGAGAGAGCGCAGCUCCGGAGAUCGCCGUUUUGCCAGCAGUCGUCGGCGCAUCAUGUCACUAUCGGAAAGCUCGCCGAGAAGGUCUGAUGAGGAAGACAAAGGAGGAUGAAGGUGGGAAAGGGAGCGGGAGAGGUAGAGGAGGUAUAUAAUGAAGUUGAGUGGGAAAGGACUGUGUGCUAUCGUCUCAAGCAGCCUUCUCUUCGUGUGCGCCUUGGGCGCAGCUGCGGUGGGAUUCAGAUGCAUCUCCCUGGGCUCCGAAGUGAAAGUGCAUUUCCACCUGGGCACGGCGGCCGGAGCUUUUUACUCGGGAAUACUGGUUGGACUCGGGCAGUCGUUUCUGGGGGUCGCCUGGCUCUGCUGCAAAGGCAUGCCAAGAAGGCGGAAUUUCUUCCUCCUGGGUAUCCUGGUGUUCAUCCUGGGAGUGCUCACCGCCUUCUCCGGCGCCGUGGUGGACGGCGACACGGUGUCCCUGGUGGAACGCAAAUAUUCCCACUAUUGCCUGGACUCGCUGGAUCCCAUUUGCGAGCGGUUGAAGGAUUACCAGCGCAGUUUGGUCAUAUCGACAGUCCUGAACACGCUGGAGUGCCUGUUAGGGUUAUUGAACUUGGUGAUCAUCAAGAGGUAUAAAACGGCGCAGUUUUACCGGCGGAGACUCACUCAUCGGCAAAGCGUUGGGGCGAUAGUUUACAGCGAGGAGCAGGACCUGAACUUGUCAGAAUUCCAACCGGUUUCUUAUAUUAAUCUGGGAGUGUUUCCCGUGUAUGAUGAGGCAGGUGGGGAAGUACAAAGCGGAGGCCACCCAUCGAUCGACCUCCCGGGAUAUUCGACCACAGACCCCGAAAUAAAUCACUCUUAUCCGUUUUCGUACCCACUUCCUAACGAGCUGCCGCCUGCGUAUGAAGACGUUUUCCCCGCGCAAGCGAGCAACAAAUAGUCGGUAAAAGUUGGGACGCGGUUCUCUAAGGUGCGCACUGACAAUCACGGAUUGCUGUUAAAAUUCACUUACCUUUAGCCAUCAGUACCGAGGCUACAAAAGUCUUUGCCCCCAUCUUCCCAAAACGGAAAUAUCCUUCUUCCACCAAAACCCACAGAAGGUACACAUUUUAUCUUUCCUAAAUGUAGUCAAAUUGAUUUCAGCAAAUAUAAACAAAAUACGUUAACUAUCUUUAAAGUACACAUCUACUCUACCGGCAUAUAGCCGUUUAAAUGGUAAUAAAUCACUGGACAUUAAAUGCUGCCCAAGUAUAACAGUAAUAAAUGUACGCACGCUUGGUGUAAAAAACUGCAUAUAUCUUAA